AUGGCCAGCACUCAUGUAGCGUCGCUGUCAGGGAUUCGUGUGGCCCGCCGCGCUCGUGCCCGCGCUGCCCAAGGCCUUGCUCCGGAUGAGCUGGCCGUGCUUGCAAGCCACGCACACACGGCCACUGCUAUACCAGAACUACAACGCCUGCAGCAGGUCGCCACCUCGUUGCAGCUCACCGGCCCCGACGGCUCGAUUGGUCCAGAGCCCAAGCGCGUCCGCCGUUUGCAAAAAGCACAUCACUGCUACGUGUGCAAGCAGGCCUACCAAGUCUUGCAUCACUUUUAUGAGCACUUGUGUACCUCCUGCGGGGAUCGCAACUAUGCACACCGAUCUACUACGCGCGAUCUCACCGGACGCAUUGCCGUGGUUACCGGAGGCCGGCUCAAGAUUGGAUUUGAAGUCGUUGUACUGCUUCUCCGCGCGGGCGCCGAGGUUUAUGCCACCACUCGCUUUCCUCGCGAUGCCCAGCGCCGUUUUGCUCGACUGCCCGAUUACGAUGAAAUACAGUCGCGUUUGCACCUCAUUGGGACUGCAGACUUUAGCAAUCUCGGUGCCGUGCAAGCCUUGGCGCACCACCUAAGCACAUCCUUACCGCGUCUCGACAUUCUCAUCAACAACGCUUGUCAGACCAUCACGCACGACGCGCACUAUAUGCAACUGCUGCACCAGCGGGAGACCAUGGGUGGAGGCUCUGAGCGCCCAUCCUUGGCACUUGCUGACACGGUCAUGAAAGCCCUCACUCUGCCAGCCGCCUCAGUUGCCUCUGAGGCACCGAGUCCCAGUACCAAGGUUGUUAUGCUGUCCAACCGCCCUCAUCAACAAGCGCUGCUGGAAGAGCAGGCGGCCGUCACAGAGCCUUCUUUGCUUCAGCAAUUGGGCGCACAGGUAGAGGGAACAGCCACAUCCGCACUCCUCAAUGAGCACGGGGAGCCGUGUGAUUUGCGAGCGUGCAAUACCUGGACAAUGCCCAACGAGGUCGUGCCAACCACAGAGGUUCUUUCCACGGUCACUGCCAACUAUCUCGCCCCGCGAACACUGACUCUGGCGCUGCUGCCUCUGCUGCGUGCCAAUCCACGACAUGAAGCCCAUAUCAUUCAAGUCUCGGCCAUGGAAGGCAAGUAUUCUGCUUUCAAGACCGGAUUUCACUCGCACACCAACGAAGCCAAGGCAGCGCUCAACAUGCUAGUACGAACCAUGCAUGCACACGAGGCUCGGCAUGGCGUGUACAUGAACAGCGUGGACACCGGCUGGGUGACAAACGAGUAUCCUUUGACUCAGUCGGCUACAGCCGUGCCAAAUCCGCCUUUGGAUGAAGUCGAUGGGGCUGCACGGGUGUUGCACCCCAUCAUGGCUGAUCUCCGAGGUGCCAAUGGCCAGCCCGUACACGGUAUGUUUUUCAAAGACUACAAGCCCACCGACUGGUGA